GACAGAAUGCUUAUCCAGGUAUGCCUGUACUUCUAUUGCAAAUGCUUAUGGCGCUGCCUGAAAUUUGUGGCACGGAAAUUGACCGGACGCUGUGAACUGCAAAGGAUCUGCUAUAAUAUCAAGCCUGGAGCUGAAAGAACCUUGAAAAUUGAGACAUCAUUGAGGAAUUCAAAAAACAAGUUGCUCCAAAAUUCCAUUAGUGUUCAUCCAGAUGCAAUUGAAAAAACGGUAGAUGCCAUCAUAGACUUGAAAAAAAUUAACCCAGAUGUAAAUCCGCAGCUAAGUGUAUCUCUGCAGGCCUGCCUUUUGCAGAUUGUUGGAUACAGAAAUCUAAUUGCAGAGGUGGAAAAGCUGCGUCGAGAGCCAUAUGACUCUGAGGAGGAUCAGCAUGAAGAAAUGCUUCUGAAGCUGUGGAAAUGCUUGAAACCUGAUUCUCCUUUGGCAGCUCGGAUUUCCAAGCAGUGGUGUGAAAUUGGUUUCCAAGGUGAUGAUCCUAAAACAGAUUUUAGAGGAAUGGGGCUCCUGGGCUUGUAUAACUUGCUAUACUUUGCUGAGCAUGAUGGACCUGCAGCUCAGCAAAUACUCUUAGACUCUCUUCAGCCCAAAUAUAGGGAAAUCACUAAAGAGGAAAUAAGCAAAUAUAGCAAGACUGAGUGGGAGAAGAAAAAAUUUGACAAAGCUAUUGGAUAUUCCUUUGCUAUUGUUGGCAUCAACAUAACAGAACUUGCAUACAACCUGCUUGUAAGCGGUGCUCUGAAGACACAUUUCUACAAUGUUGCUCCAGAAGCACCAACGUUAACCCAUUUCCAGCAAACCUUUUGCUACUUGAUGCAUGAAUUUCAUAAAUUCUGGAUUGAAGAGGAUCCCCUGGACAUAAUGGAGUUCAAUCGGGUGCGAGAGAAAUUCUACAAACGGAUUAUCAGGCAGCUGCAGAAUCCGAAUAUGGCGUUAUGCCCUCACUUCGCUGCCUCGGAAAGCUUGAUCAACCUGUAGCCAUUCCCAUGGUUUGAUUUGGAAACACUGCCUGGUUCUUGUGUUGCGCCACCAUCUAGAGAUAAAUUGCUGAAUGCAUUGAAUGAUCACGGCAAGUGCAUGCCUGCUUCUUGACGCAGUAUUCAUUUCUCGCGCUCUCUUUCAGGAACCGCCUCCCACUGCUCCGAUGGAGAGCCUGGUCACUGUCAAAGAGCGCUCAUAUUUGCAAUAUCUUGCAGUGUUAAACAUUUUGAAUUGAUGUCCUGUGUUUGU